AUGUCCCUAAACCUGAAACGCAAGCCACGUGAUAAGCCCGCCGCAUACACUCGACCUGCAAAGAAGCAGAAGAUCACAAACGACACUCCUUCAAGGAACGGAAACAUUCUAGACCCUGCCGAGGAGAGAGAUAAUGGAGAUUUCCUGAACUUCGAAGGUGGUAACCAGGCUAUUGCUGAUGAAGUCCGUCACGAGAUUGCAGUUGCGAAUGGCGAAAUUGUCGGGAUAAAUUCGGAUGACGAGUCAGAAGAAGAUGGGCCAUCAUUCACGCGCACAGAACUCCUCAAUCUGUGUCAGCAGCUUGAGACUGGAUGCAUGCAACAUGGUGAUCCUCAGUUUUCCCUGAAUUUGUCAUCACAGCUCCGCUUAUUUCGUGCUCGAUUACGACGAGAGGAGCUACUUAAUGCCAAGCAGACCUCUAUAGAUCGUUACUUCAAAGCAUAA